GCAGUUUGCUUGCAGGGUGCAGUGGUUCGUGGGCUACCCCUAACUACAUCCGUACGUCAUCUUCGGCCCGGGUCCAGUACAUCGGCGCAAUUCGGUAUAACCCAAUAUACGGCGUACACUUUCGGGAUAUCACGUCUUCAUAUAUAAUCCAUUUGAAAUCUCUCAUUUUCCUUAUAAGAUCAUGCCUGGGUAAUAUCUGGAUCUUUUCGUGUUCCUUUUUCUCUCUUUUCUCGCUGCCGAUGGAAAUAAUUUAUUAAGUCUUAUCACUUGUACUACCUUUAAGUCUACCUAGAUUUUCUGAAUUAUUGGGAUAUUAUAGAGGCGUCAUCGAAAAGUAUCAGUAUGGCCGAUAUAAAUACUGGCGCUUUUAAGCACGACAGCACGGAACCCCCGAAGUCUAACCUAGUGUUACCAUUAUUCUCGCUGAAGGGUAGAACGGCUAUCGUAUCUGGAGCCGGUGCUGGUAUCGGCCUUGCAAUUGCUCAUGCAUUCGGUACGAACAAAAGGCCCCUGUCUAAAACCUACGAUUUCGCCGAGGCUGGGGCGAAUGUUGCGAUCUGGUAUAACUCCAAUAAGAAAGCUCUUGACGAGGCUGCGAACAUCGAGAAGACAUAUGGCGUGAAGUGCAAGGCUUACCAAGUCAACGUGACGACAUGGGAAACGGUUCAACCCGCCGUCGACGAGAUCGUGAAGGACUUCAACGGUAGACUUGACGUCUUCGUCGCCAAUUCGGGCAUUGCAUGGGAAGAGGGCCCCUUCAUCGACGGCCCGCUAGAGACAAUGCAAAAAGUACUGAAGGUGAAUAUCGAAGGCACUCUUUUCUGCGCGCGCGCCGCUGCGCUGCACUGGCGACGGCAGAAGAAGGAGGGAACUACGGUCGACGGGCAACCCUUAGAGAACUUCACAUACGGCAGCUUCAUCGCCACGUCUAGUAUGAGCGGCCACAUCGUCAAUAUCCCCCAACAGCAGACUGUGUAUAAUUUGUCCAAGGCGGCGAUUACUCAUGCUUGCAGGUCAUUGGCUAUCGAGUGGGUUGGCUUCGCACGUGCUAACUCGGUCUCUCCUGGUUACAUCAAGACCGAGAUCUCGUCUUUCAUUGCACCGGAAACUAAGAAUAUCAUCAAGGGCAAGAUCCCGAUGGGACGGGAAGGUGAGCCGGAGGAGUUGAAGGGUGUUUACUUGUACUUGGCUUCCGACGCCUCGUCGUACACGAAUGGUACCGAUAUCAUUGUUGAUGGCGGGUACACUGUGCCGUAGAUCGAUCUAGAAGGGGUUUCGCAGGUAAGAUGUUAUGUAUGUAGUUACUUAUAUGGGUAGAAUUUUGUAUAUGUGAGUUAUGGCGAUUAGACGUUUCCUACAAUGAAUAGGUAUAUUUAGGUAGAGGUAUCUUGAGACCUUUCUCGUUAGUUGAUUGCUCGA